AUGCCAGGAAGGCCAUUAGGAGAAGUCAUGUGGCCUAGAUUGGUAGCUAGUAAGAUCCUCAAAAAGACAUUGGGCAGCAACAAUUUUGCGGCAGAUUUUCCAAGCAGCUGCAAUACAGAAUCUUCUCUAGAAAUUCCAUGUUUGGAUCAAGAAUCUAUUUCCUCUAAGAUCAUCUUCAGUGAUAAUGAGGAGACACGCACCUUCAAGGUUUUUGUUAGUACUUGGAACGUCGGCGGAGUUGUACCAACAAAUGAGGUGAAUAUGGAAGAUUUACUCGACACAUACAACACUUCUUGCGACAUCUAUGUUCUUGGGUUUCAAGAAGUUGUGCCAUUACGUACAACAAAUGUCCUAGGAUCUGAGAAUCCUAGAAUUUCCAUGAAAUGGAAUUCCUUGAUAAGAGAAGCUCUAAACAAGAAAACAUCCAUCCAAGAAAGAAACAAAGAAGGCACAUUAAAACAAAAGCAAACUGCCUUCUUUGCCAAAGAUGGGAAGUCAACCGAGAGAAGCAUUAGAGAUCAAGAGUUUUGGUGUAUCAUUAGCAAGCAAAUGGUCGGAAUAUUGAUCUCAGUUUGGGUUCGAAGUUGUCUUCAUCCAUAUAUUUGGAACCCUAGUGUCUCAUGUGUAGGCUGUGGCAUCAUGGGGUGUCUAGGAAAUAAGGGUUCUGUGUCGGUUAGGUUUCGAUUACAUGAAACCAGCUUCUGCUUUGUGUGCAGUCAUCUAGCUUCAGGGGGUAGAGAAGGGGAUGAGAGAUAUCGAAACUCAAACGCCGCAGAAAUUCUGUAUCGGACAAGGUUUCCUAGAGGCCCUUCACGUGAUUUGCCUCGAAAGAUCCUAGAUCACAAUCGGGUAAUUUUUCUUGGAGACUUGAACUAUAGGAUCUCCUUACCGGAAUUGGAGACACGAUUACUAGUAGAUAGAAGAGAAUGGAAUGCUUUGUUAGAAAGUGAUCAGCUAAGGACAGAACUCAUGGGGGGUCAAGUAUUUCAAGGUUGGCAUGAAGGAACAAUCAAAUUUGCUCCUACUUACAAAUACCAUCCCAAUUCUGAUGAAUAUUUUGGUGGAAUUGGUGGCAAAAAGCGCGAAAAGAAACGAGCUCCUGCAUGGUGCGAUCGGAUAAUUUGGUAUGGGGAGGGUGUAAAGCAACAUAUGUACAGCAGAGGUGAAUCAAAGAUGUCAGAUCACAGACCAGUGAAGGCAAUAUUCACCACAGAAGUUGGAGUUUCAAGGAAAAGAAAAGGAUUCCAAAGCUUCUUCCUAUCAGAGAGGUUUGAUCAUAUUACAAGCCCGUUAGAGAUCAUGUCAUCCGAAGAUCAUUUCCGACAUACCCGCCGAUCAAGCUUCCAACUUGAAGACAUGUGGAGCCCAUAA